AUGACCCCCAACGAUCGCGAUGAAUUGUACGACGAUUCAGCAAACAAGCCAACCAAUUUCCCCGCGUCUCCAACUUUCUGUCAACGAUACAACUCCCAAUCUUCACACAAAUCAUCAACAACCACCUUCAUCAUGUCUGACCAACGAUACUACGGCAGCCGUUACCAGCGCCCUCAGCCCGGGUCGCUCCAAGAGGCCCACUACAUGGUCGACAAGCUCAAGGCUCAGGCCGAGAAGCACCAGGCGGAAGCCGAAAGGCAACUCUUCCUUCGGGAUGAGACCAUAAAGAAGGUCUUCGAAUGGGAGACCAAGGUGGCCGAACGGACCGCCAAUCCUUCUUAUUCUGCCUCCGUUGAGGCACGUAUGGCAGAGAUGCGGCGCGCCAAUGCCGCCAAGGCCGACAAGGCCAUCAAGAAGGAGGAGGACGACGAUACCAAGACCGCGAAACUGGUCUCCAUACCAGCGACCUCAAAGGUCCUGGUCGACCGAGUCUACUACCUCCUCGUGGCACUCCGCCACAAACGCCCCCCUCCCUCUCCUCCCGCCCAGCCAAAGAAGGAGCCGGCCCCCGAGGCCGAAAAGCCGAAACCCGUCGCAACUAUUAUCAACCCUUACCGACUAUUUAACAUGAACUGGCCAACUUUGCUAUAG